AAGAUGCGUGAAGAAACAAGGGCGAGGCACAGGAGUUAUGCAUCACAAAGGCUAGAAUUAUGUUCUACAAUAAUACUCACGAUGUGGACUGCAACCGUUGAUUUAGCCAAGUUCUUGUGUCGUGACAGAGUGACAGAUUAUCGUGACGGGUCGCGUUGUUUGCAAGUGGAACGCGUCUUGUUCUUCACCAUACCAAUCGCUCUACAACACUGUGAAUAUUACUGUAUGUCAGGAAAAGCCUACGUAAAGGUUUAGCAGUCAUGAACAUGGAAUCAAAUUAUCAUGUGCCCUUUGAUCGAUUUGUGUCUUUAUUAGAAUCCAUAUCAACUAUUCCUCGAAGAUUAGGCUCCAGUAGCAAGACGGGUGGACCUUCCCGAGCGGUGCAAUUCCUGAAUAAAUGGGUAGCUGCUUUACGCGACGAGCCGUUACCGCCGGGUACUAUCACCACGUUCCUGCGACUCCUCUUCCCUGAGGCAGACUCUGGGAGAAGAUAUGGUUUGCAAGAGGCAACUCUUGCUAGGUGCCUUGCAAAUGUACUUUCUGUCUCCACAGCGCCCGGCGGUCGAGGAAGAAACCUACUCGACUGGAAGGCUGAAGAAAAUUUCGGCUGUCUGGGAAACGAGGUCCGGUCCAUAAUGGAGUCGACGUCUGAUCUCAAGGAGUCAAACCUGACAAUGAGCGAGGUUGAUUCCCUCUUAAUGGAGCUCGCUAGUUCCUGCGCAUAUACCGACGCAAACAUCCGUUCAUCUGUCCACCAUGCGCGUCCGAAGCGUGCCAUUAUCCAGGCUCUUUAUUCAAACCUAUGCCCGAUAUCAGCUGGAUUUCUCACUCAAAUCAUUCUCAGAGACCUUAGGCCACUGUUGUACCCCUUGGAUGAGACGCACUACAGUGCCUCUCUUUUACAGUACAACUCUAUGUCUGUGACGAUGAUCACCAAAGAAGACGCUAUGAGGGCAUGGGAUCCAAGCGGACGCAUGCUCAAGGCGUAUCGUUUGAAAGCAUCGUUUGACGCCGCCGCCGAAGCCUUGGAUAAACCUGGGAUCGAACUGAUUCCCCAAAUCGGAUAUCCUAUCACAAUCCCGAAGUGCCUGAAGGGUCAGGGCUGUGCUCAGUCGCUCAAGAUUUUGCGUGGUUCGAGUAAAGUCUGGGUCGAAACGAAGUAUGAUGGCGAGCGUGCUCAGAUACAUGUCGAGAUUACCAACGAGAAGAACUUAGAAUCGAAGAUCACCAUCUUCAGUAAGAGCAAACGAGAUUCUACUCUGGAUCGAAUUGCUCUGCAUCCGAUCAUCCGAGAAACGUUAGGGUUGUUACCUCCGAACGAAGAUCUGAACAUCGCUGGUCCAUCCACUCGUAAAUCGUAUUUGCCAAAGUUCAAGAAGAACAUUGUUCUAGAGGCCGAAAUGGUCGCCUUCUCCAAUGUCUUAGAUCGGAUCGAUGAAUUCUGGCGUAUACGAAGUUUGGUCGCCAGUACUGCUUACGGUGUACGGCACGCUACUCCUGCACCGCUCGACAGCCAAGAGGAAGUUCCACUUUCGCAGAGCUCGAUGAUAUCAAAUGCCUCAGAUGGGGAUUCUCGACAUCUUGCCCUCGUCUUCUUUGACGUCCUGAUGAUCGAUUCUGUAUCUCUUCUUACCAAGACAUACGCGGAACGCCGGGCUGUCCUUGAAUCUACCAUCAUCACCCGCCAUGGCUACAGCAUGUUGGCAGAGAGGCGGUCCAUACCCAUGGGCCAUGGUGUUGAUGAAUGUUCAGUCGAGCUUCUAGAAAGGAUUUUCGCAAAAUUGAUAUCCGGACACGAAGAAGGGGCAGUGUUGAAGGCAGAUGAAGGGAGAUACUGCGACUGGAGUCUGCCAUGGGUAAAGCUGAAGAAGGAUUAUAUUCCUGGUUAUGGUGAUACUGUGGAUUUGGCCCUCAUUGGUGCCACAUGGGAUAAAGAUCGUGCACGAGAGCUUGGUGUUGCGCCGACGGUAUACACGACUUUCUACAUCGGAGCGUUGGCCAACACUGAACAAUUGCAGAAGUCACAAUGCGACGCCCAAGUUCUUCCACAUUUUGAGGUUCUUUUCACCUGCGCAUAUUUGCCCUCGCGUGCGAUGCUCGAGGAAUUGAACUUCAUGAUUAGGAGUUCUGAUCUGAUUGAGUACGACAAGAAAGACAGUCAAUCGAAUAAGGAAUUGACAUAUACGUUCAACAUGUACUCGGGGCUGCAAGCUCCCAAGGUGUUACUCCGACACCCCUUGCUUGUUGAGGUGUAUGGUGCGGGCUUCACAAAAGCCCCGCAAUGCAGGUAUUAUGAAAUCAGGUUCCCUAGAAUAUCCAAGGUCUUUCGUCCGUCUGAACGCUCGGCAUGCCGGUCAGGUGAUGGCGGAGGAACGACACUGCAGAAGUUGCAAGUUCUUGCUCGUGAAAGUGCCGGCAAGGAUAGGCCAGGAAAGCAGCAAGUGGACUGGUGUAAGAGCAUCUGGGGAAAGUCUGCGACGCUCAGCCCGGGUGUGCGAAGCGAUCUGAAACGAAAACAAAGAGAAGAUGACUGGGUGGAGAAGCUUCGGGCUGUCGACGUUAAAGUUCUAGGACGUCAAGAUUCAACAAGGCGACGACCAGAUACGGAGUCGAAGUCAAAAGGUCGCAACAAGAAUGCUGAGAAUGACAGUGCACCGCAGCAAGGACGCCUCAUUGCGAAGCCGAAACCCUUGCCCAGUCUGCGCCCUAUGGAUUCAAUGACCAACUUGAGCGCAGAGAUGUCGACUCCAACAAAACUCCGAACUCUGGUUGAAGAAGACGAUGUCCAUUCUCCGGACCUCCCUCCUUCUCCUCGGAGUACACCACUCAAAGAGCGGUCAACAUCGAGUCGUCAAUCCAGUCACGCUGCAACAUUAUCUGUAGAGAAUGUGCUCCGGGGAGAUUCGUCGCCUCCUAGGCCUCUUGCAGCUCCUAUGUACACGACUGGGGUGGGGAUCUUCCAACUAUCGGCCAAUGUCUUGCAGAAAGAAAAUACCGUCCCGGACCUAACUGCCUCUAUCAAUCGGUUAGCUUCGACCAGUAUGAAAAUUCACCCCAUCAUACCUCCAUCGAGCCACGAUGUUCUAUCUAACUGUGGUGCUACCUUCUUAGUUGAAUCGUCACUUGCGAUGUUCCUGAAGGAUGCUGUUAUAUGGCUCGCACGUCCGUCGGACACUUUAAGGCCAAGCUGGCGAGCUGCCUCACAUCAGGUCCUUCCCAAAGGUCAGCAAGUGCACACCAUAGAUUCCUUUCUUACUGCUUGUGGCUGGACAUCCGAACAACAACCCUCCGUUGCCUGUGAGUGGGCCUCGAAAGGCGUUAUUUUCGUUGACGACAAGGACGGCAAAAAGGAUUGGAUACACUUCCCUUUCUCUCACCUGGCUGAGAAACGCCAAGAACAUCUACAUGGCUAUCGUACCAAUAGCAGCGACUUGAAGCCUGUGUUCAUCUUCAGCAUAAAAAUGCUCAGCCACGACGUGCUGGAAGCCAAUAUGUCAGACAUAGGGAGCUAUGCCAUCUGUCGACUUGGAUGAUAUCUUUCGCUCUGAGUUGGGUCCUUUCUAUCUUGGGCAACAGUGCUGGUUGAUGUCAUUGACCAGCUACGUAAAAUGCCCCAUUCCUGGCAUGAUGGUUGUGAGUCUCCGAUGAGCCAGGGAAAGGACCAUUUACCGUGUUAUUCGCGGCUGCAUUCAAAGGUGUGGAACGGAACCCAGCUACACACCGUGCCAAGCAUGUUAGACCUUACGACUGGGCUAUCAAACCGAGUCCUCAAGGCCUCAAGCCCCGGAUCCCAUGCUGGCCAGUACGCUUUGGAUGACUACGGGGGAAGCCUGGAAAGGAAACUGCAGUUUACUCGAGUAGACGCAAUUCUGUACUGGAUGUCCUUUGUCCUUCGAGCCGAUUACCACUUAGCUUAACAACUCUUGCAUGGAUGUUAUUACAAUGUGCUUAUUAUGCAUGUACUUCUGACUGAUGCAUAGCAUUGCACAUUGAAUCCAUCUACAACAUUUUGAUUCGCUUUAAUCCAACGAAGUAACUCAACCAGAUAUUAUUUGGCUGAGGGAAUGAUACAGUAAAUCAUAACGUCUCUUAGCUUUGACCAGC